GGCCCAAUUCAUCAACAUAACCAGCCCAUUUGGACUGGGUUGGUUUCUACAUUGGAAUUCUCAGCCCAUAGUGGUAACCCAUGCACACAGCUACCUAGUCAUCAAUUCUUCUACAAUCCUCAGACACGUGUCCAAGUUCAAUAUGCUCUUUAAUGGCUUCCAUUACCAGCUUCUCUCUUUCUCUUGCUGAGUGUCUCAUUUUACAGAAAGCAUAUCCAAUUGCAAACUUAACGAGAAGAUGCUAUGGGAGCCUCUAGCAGUCCAAAGCUUUCUGGAAUGCAGAAGCAAGUACUUAGUCUAUAUAGAGGGUUUUUGAGGGCAGCUCGUUCCAAAUCUGCUGAAGAUCGACAUAAGAUUGAAUCAAUUGUGUCAGGUGAGUUCCGCCGUAAUUCCAAGCAGGUAGAUCGGAAAAAUUUCCUCUACAUUGAGUACUUACUUCGCCGUGGUCAGAAACAGCUAGAUCAACUCAAGAGCCCUGAUACUGUUGGGUUGUCAUCAUUAAAUGUCAGUGUGUCCGAAACCAUAGAUCCUAAGCCUUGAACUAAGACAUUUAUUCAAGUAUUGUUCUGUUUUGAAGCUGAAAUUUGUUUUGUUCAUUAGUUAAAUGGUUAUCUGAUAAAAGAAA